GUAAUAGUUUUGACAGAUGAAAUCUUUGCAAUUGGAAGCUAAAAUAAUAUCCCAUAAGCUUUCUGCUUGCGAAGCCAUGGGCUGGAAUACAAGAAAGAAGGUUUUAAAAGGUGUUUUUGUUACCUUGUCUGGUAUGGACUAAAUUCAGCGGCAAGGCCUAAUUAAUCGGACAACUCAGAAACCAGAAGCUCGACAUCAACUGCAAUGGACUCCCUGGCACCCUCUGGCGGCAACGGCGUCGUUUCACCCACCGAAACAACAGCAGCAACAUCCUCACAAGAUCCUAAAAACCUAGAUGAAACCAUCAAUUCAAUUCAAAAAUCCCUGGGAUUGCUUCACCAGCUAAAUCUCACCGUCUCUUCUUUCAAUCUCGCUUCUCAACCGCGUCUCCUUCAACGCCUGAACAACCUUGUGUUAGAACUAGAUAACAUGUCGAAAUUGCCGGAGAAGUGCAACAUUGAUGUGCCUAUGGAAGUGUUCAAUUUGAUUGAUGAUGGGAAGAAUCCGGAUGAGUUUACGAGGGAUGUGUUGAAUAAAUGUAUUGCCAAAAAUCAGAUUACCAAAGGCAUGGCUGAUGCGUUAAAGGGUUUGAGAAAGCAUCUUCUUGAAGAGCUUGACCAAUCAUUUCCUGAUGAAGUGGAAACUUAUCGAGAGAUACGUUUUGCAUCUGCUGCUGAAGCUAAAUGGGUUGCCCAAGCGCAAAGUAUGUUACCAAAUGGGGAUGUUAAGGUUAAACCUGAGGUAUAGGAUACAGUCACCAAGAAUUCAAAUUAGUUAUUUAAGAAUCACCAAUCAACCAUGUUUUUAAGUCAAGAUUGUUGAUACCAUUAGUAUGUCUAUGUAAAUUGUAAAAGUUUCAAGCUUUACAUGAACGGUGAACCUAUAGUUGCCUGUGGCAGUGGUACAGUAAAAAAUAAGUUCUCAUUA